AUGAACGAAAUUGAACAAGUACCAGAUCAAGAAGCUGAAAUUCAAGAAUUUGAAGAUGAAGACGAACUUUUCUACACUGAAAUAGAUGAAAUUCAAAACCAUGGAAUUGGUGCAGCUGAUAUUAGCAAACUUAAGAGUGCUGGUAUCUGUACAGUACGGGCAAUUCAUAUGACAACCCGCAAGAAUCUCUGUAAGAUUAAAGGUCUUUCUGAAGCAAAGGUCGAUAAACUCAAAGAAACUGCCACAAAAUUACAGUCAGCUUCUUUUAUGACAGCCACAGAAUUUUCGUUAAUAAGAUCGAAAGUUAUGUAUAUUUCAACAGGUAGCAAAUCAUUGGAUGCGCUUAUGGGUGGAGGAAUUCCAACAAUGUCUAUAACUGAAGCAUUUGGUGAAUUCAGAACUGGAAAAACUCAAAUCGCUCAUACACUUAGUGUCGUGGCACAACUUCCUCCUGUAAUGGGUGGGACAAACGGAAAGGCCGCAUUCAUUGAUACAGAAGGUACUUUCAGACCUGAACGUAUCAAAUCUAUUGCGGCUCGUUUCGGAAUUGACCAUGAAGCAGCACUUGAAAAUAUUAUAUUUGCACGUGCUUAUACUUCAGAGCAUCAAAUGGAGCUAAUAAUUGAAUUGGCUGCUAGAUUUGCUGAAGAAAGAGGUGUAUACCGUUUAUUAGUUAUCGAUUCAAUUAUCGCUCUUUUCCGUACUGAUUAUGCUGGUCGCGGUGAACUUGCCGAAAGACAACAAAAGUUGAAUAUAAUGCUAAGUCGAUUAAUAAAGAUAUCGGAAGAAUUUAAUGUUGCUGUCUACAUUACAAACCAAAUUCAAGCUGAUCCGGGAAGUAAUAUGAUGUUCGUUAGUGAUCCUCGAAAACCUAUAGGAGGACAUGUCCUGGCUCACGCUUCAACAGUUCGUCUUUAUUUGAGAAAAGGACGUGGCGACGAACGUGUCGCUAAAGUUUAUGAUUCUCCAGAUAUGCCUGAAGCCGAGGCUCCAAUUCCAAUGAAAAGAAAACGCAGACGAAGCAAUGAACACUCUGUAAAAGAAGGAGAAAAAGCUAUUAAUAUUCAAGUUGUUGUACGAUGCCGUGCCCGAAUUGAACGUGAAAUAGCCGCAAAUUCGCCAGUUAUCGUAAAAACUGCAGCUAGAGAAUUACAGGUUCGAUUAAAUCCGCUAGACAUAUUACCACAUAAAACCUAUACAUUUGAUAGAGUUUUUGGUCCAGAGGUGAAUCAAAAAAAAGUAUUUGAUAAUGUUGUAGUCCCAAUCUUAAACGAAGUUAGAGCAGGAUAUAAUUGUACUUUAUUCGCUUACGGUCAAACAUCAACUGGUAAAACGUUCACAAUGGAGGGUAAUCUAAACACAAACAACGAUAUCAUAAGUAGCGAUGCUGGUGUUAUUCCACGUGCACUCCAUAAUAUAUAUGAAACUCUUGAAGAAGAAUCUGCAGACUUUUCGGUCAAAGUUUCUUACAUUGAACUUUAUAACGAAGAGCUCAAAGAUUUACUUUCCUCUGAUGAUACUGAUCCAAGGAAAUUGAAGAUUUUGGAUGAUAACAACAAAAAAGGUGUACUUCAUGGUCAUGAAGAAGUACUUAUUCAGAAUGCGGAACAUGGUAUUCGCGUCUUAAAACAAGGUUCAAUUAAACGCCAUAUGGCCCAAACUAAUUAUAACAAAAAUUCCAGUCGAUCCCAUUCCGUGUUUUGCAUUACGGUUCAUAUAAAAGAAACCAUGCCAGAUGGGGAAGAUUUACUAAAAGUUGGAAAAUUAUACUUGGUUGAUUUGGCUGGAUCAGAAAAUAUUAGCCGAACUGGAGCCGAAAACAUUAGGGCUAAAGAAGCUGGAACAAUCAACAAAAGUUUGUUAACCCUAGGACGAUGCAUUAACAGCUUAAAUGAACAUGCUAUUCACAUCCCAUACAGAGAAAGCAAGUUGACGCGACUAUUACAAGACUCACUAGGUGGUCGAACUAAAACUUGCAUAAUUGCGACAAUAUCUCCCGCAAAACAAAGUUAUGAAGAGACUUUAUCAACAUUAGACUACGCACACCGCGCCAAAAACAUCCAAAAUAAACCAGUUGUUAACCAACGUGUCACCAAGAAAGCAUUAAUCAAAGAGUACAUUUGUGAAAUUGAACGUUUGAAAGCUGAUUUAACGGCCGCUCGUGAGAAAAAUGGGGUGUAUAUUUCAAAAGAAGAAUUUGAUAGGUUAGUCGAUGAGAAUUCGGAUUUGAAUAAUAAAAUUAAUCAAUUUAUCGCCGUUGAUAAUCAUAACCGCAAUGCUUUCAGGGAAUUUUCUGAAUCUCUUUUAUCAGUGACUUCACAAUUUGAAUCUAAACUCGAUGAACUAAAAUCUAUGCAUAUCGUAUUUGGGGAGUCGAUGGUCAACAAAACAAAUGAAUUCAUGGAAAAUCAUGCAAUGGAUAUUGCAGAGUGUCUCAAGUAUAUUAACGAUCGUCUUGAUCAAUUUGACCAACAAAGAGAUAAUAUGGAACAUUUACUCAAAACCGAAGAAAAGGCUUCCUCGAGUUUGUAUGAAGAACUCAUUAAGUUCCGUCAGGAAACGACAAAAAAUUUGAUUCAAAAAGAACAGGAAUUGCGCACAAAAUCUACGACAAUGCUGGAAAAUUUGAAACAUGAAUUAUCUGUUCAAUUUGAUAAUAUUCGCUCAUUUCGUGAAAAAAUAGAUGAGGAUGUAAAAUACAUGGUGAAGUCAACUCAAACCCACAUUGAUUCCCAGAAUCGAACAAUUAUUAAUAAUAAAGACCAUACUAAGGAAGCUAUUGAAGACGAAGUAAAUGUCAAGAAUAAUUGA